GUUCAUACGCAGCUCUCCCGUCUACGUCUCGUUGAUCCCGCUCGAUCGCUCCCCGAUCCGGGUCCGCCCCGCGGAAAAACUCCGACAAUCGUACUCGUCCGUUUGGCACCGCCGAGUCGAAAACCGUUGGCGAAUUUUUUUAUUUUUUAUUUUUUUUGUCUUUUGCUCUCAUCGUUUUUUAACUAUACAUGUAGUUUUUAAAAAAAAAUUUCGUCUCUUUUUGGUUCCGCCCACGCGGCCAAAACGAUCGCGAUCUCGCGAAGUCCGGCGGGUCACUAUGAUCGGUCCGUCGCCGUCGCCGACGCUGUCGCUCGACCGGCCGGCAAAACGGUGCGCGCCGGUCGUUCGGACCAAACGGUAAAUCGGCAAUAAUUGUUAUUAGUAUUACAUAACACUGCCGCGGAAAUUACCGUUGCGAUCCGCAACUGACAAUCGUUUUUUAUAUUUUAUAUUAUCGCUCGUAUAAUAAAGAUCAAUUUUUUUUUUUUUACUUUUUUUUUUUUUUAAUUCGUUCGUUUGAUCCGUGUACAUUAAUCAUCGCACAAACGUUCGCCGCAGAUUUGUUCGCGUCCGAUCUUCUACAGAUCGUCAGAGAUUUUAAUAAUAAUAUUACAAUCGCAGAUUCGCGACAUACACCCGGAGAGAACGAAUUAUACUGACGAUAGUACUGUACACCGACUAUCUCAUCGCUUACCGCAAGCGAAUAUAGCAGUGUGAUCGUCUGAAAAUCUCGCGUGUACGAGAAAAGCUCGGUAGAAGCCCACCGCCGCUGGCACGGACGGAGGGAAAACCGGCCAAAGGUCGACGGCAGGUCUAUCCGUGCAGACAUGGUGUGUGGCCGACGACGACGACGCCGCCGCUACGCACCUGAAUCCUCACCUGCUGCAUGAGUCGCGUUCAACCACUUACGUUAACAAAAAUAAUCCAGAGUGCUUUCGUUCUAUUAAUGGUGGUGUUGUGCGACAUUUGGAGGUGCGGCCCUAGCUAUGGAUUUGGGGUCCGACUAUACAACGAUUGCAGUAGUCGAAAUGUCAGGGUUGACUACCGGGGACGAGUUCUCGCCGACGACGAGACUUCGAAUCCAUUUCAAAACCUGACUGUCAAAUCCCUGGACUUCAGUAUUCGACUGUCGAUAUUCGCUGAGGAGUCGCAUCGGUAUUUGUGUUUCAACAACAAAUGGUCCCUUGUUGGUUCGAAACAUUUUCGCGGCCCGAAGUGUCUGUUCUACGAGGAGAUGCUUUCCACUGGGUAUACACGGUACAAGUCGGUGGUCGACAAGUCACGGUACAUAGGUUUCAACCGGCGGGGCCGUCCAAUGCGGCGGCACGUGUAUCACACGGACCCGCUGAACCGGUGCCUGAACUUCCUCAAGCUGGACACCAAGUUUGACAUCGGCGACCACAACCGCAAGGUGGCCGCUUCGUCAGGUAAGACCAUCGUGGUCGGCAGCAGCGGAGGCAAGCGCAACGGUGCGUCCAAGAGACCGUUUGCGUCGCCCGGUGGCGGUUACAACAAAAAAUCGCCAACGACUACCUCCACUACGACGACCACCACGACAACCACCACCACCACCACCACCACCACCACUACCACAACGACCACUACACCACCACCACCACCUCCACCGUCAACACAUCCUUCUUCUAAACAACCAGUCAAGCACAGUCGAAUUCGGUUCAGACACAACCGACGCAACAGACACCGUCCCGAAGCCUUUCAAUCGUUAGAUCAAGACUAGAAUAGUAUUAUGUUAUUACUAUUAUUAUUAUUAUUAUUAUGACUAUUACUAUUAUUAUUAACAUUAUUAUUAUCAUCAUCGUCGUCAUCAUUAUAGUAUUCUCGAAACUUCAAAAUCGUAAAAAACCAAACAAUUAUCAUCAUAAUUAUUAUUAUAAAUCUAUAACGGAACAAAAUUCCUGAUCAUUAACACAUAGGUUGUAGUUUUUAUUUUUUAUCUACGAACACUCGACGAUGUUGCUGCGAUUUAUA